AUACAUAUCAAGCUAUCGUUCUACUUAAAAGCUUUAUCAAAUCGCAACCGUCUAAACCCGCCCAAACAGCACGAGGUUUAAUGCGCACAACAAGAUAUCUCCCUUCCCGUUCGAACCAGUCGAACGCCUACGAUGCUAUUGCAAGCGACUCCCCUUAAACAUCGCGCAACUCCCUGGUUUUCAUCACGCUUGACGAAGCAUCUUCUGAUUUGUUUCUUUUUUUUAAAAAGAAACUAAGCCUCUGCUGAAGUGGAGCCAUGGCAGCUCUGAGCAUCUUGUCAUCGCCGCCUUAUAUGUAUCGCUUCAAUGAAGCUUUACAGUUUUCAAAGCCCAAGUAUUUAAGCAUUGGCAACUAUGCUCAGUUGACUGAAAGAACGGCGGAGAUCAGUUUUUCUCAUUCAACCCUGGGGUGUUCUUAUCUUGAUGGAUGUCCUGCACAAAGUAGUUUAAAAACGAAUGGUACAAGAAGAUUGGGUAUAUGUCAAUCUGCAUUUCGUUCAUCACCAGCAAUGGUUUCCUCUGUUGAAGGACUUUAUGAUUUCAUAUGUGAAGGCUCCAUAGUAAAGAAAAUGGGUUUAACUAAAGAAAAGGUGGCCUCAAAUAUAGAUAGAUGGCUAGAGUGUGGGGUUCAGUUAUGCAGAUUGCUUGGCUUGAAUCAGCUCGUUUUGUCAGAAGCUGAGAAGAUUAGGAUCUAUCAGUAUUAUAUACCAGUUUUUCUCUGGUGCGAGGAAGAGUUGUCAAAGCACAUGUCAUCAUUUAAAGAUGGAGAUGAGAUAAGUCCUCUAGUGAUUGGUGUUAGUGCUCCUCAAGGUAGUGGAAAGACCACUCUUGUUUUUGUUCUGGACUAUCUUUUCAGAACUUCAGGCAGGAACUCUGCAACAUUGUCUAUAGAUGACUUCUAUUUGAAGGCAGAGGAUCAGGCAAAUCUUAGGAAUGCAAAUCCAGGAAACGAUCUCUUGGAGCUACGAGGAAAUGCAGGAAGCCAUGAUCUUGCAUUCUCAAUUGAGAUAUUGAAGGCUGUAUGCAGUUUGAACAAAGAAGGUAAAAAGAUGAAGCUUCCAAGGUAUGAUAAGUCGGCAUUUGGUGGGAGGGGUAACAGGGCUGAUCCUUCAACAUGGCCUGAGGUUGAAGGACCCUUAGCGGUCGUUCUUUUUGAAGGAUGGAUGCUUGGUUUUAAACUCCAACCAGUUGAAGUUGUUAAAGCAGUUGAUCCACAGCUCGAAAUCAUAAAUCGGAAUCUUGAAGCUUAUUAUGAUGCAUGGGACAGUUUUGUGAAAUCAUGGAUUGUUAUUAAAAUUCAGGAUCCAAGCUGUGUAUACCAGUGGCGUCUGCAGGCAGAGCAUGCCAUGAAGGCUUCUGGUAAACCUGGGAUGUCUGAUAAGGAGGUUCAGGAUUUCGUGUCUCGUUAUAUGCCAGCAUACAGGGCAUAUCUACCCACUCUUUAUGCUGAAGGACCGAAUGGUGCUGACCCAAAGCACACACUUGUUGUGGAAGUUGAUGAGGAAAGAAAUCCCAUUGCUUAAACUGUGACAUAAAGAGGUCAGAUGUUCCUAUCCUAGAAAAUAGACUUUUUGAGAAAUUCUAAGAGUUGAGUUUCAUUUUGUAAGUAUUGUAAUUUAGUUUGUAUAAUUGUUAAUUACAUUUGUUAUAUUUAUAUGUUAGUCACAUUUCUUCUGUAUUUUGCAGAAUUGAAAUGAGAAAUAUGCUAAUUGUAUUCUUUCUUUUGUUGAAGUGCCUUGCUUGUCUUUUAGCCACCAGCAUGGGUUCAAACUUAAUUUGUUUAUUAGAGCUCCAAGAGUUUUACAUCU